AUGAUUUCUGUGGUUAGUGGAGAUGGGAGAAAGGGGCUAGGGUUAGGUCAAGAUGAGGAAGAAGCUGAGCUUGAAGAAGGAGAGGCUUAUUGUAAUCCUAGUGAGAUUGAGAAUGAGGAUUCAACCAUUGACCCUGAUAUUGCUCUGUCCUACAUUGAGGAAAAACUCCAAAACAUUUUGGGGCAUUUUCAAAAAGAUUUUGAAGGUGGAGUUUCAGCUGAAAAUUUGGGAGCAAAAUUCGGCGGCUAUGGUUCAUUUUUACCUACCUAUCAAAGGUCUCCAUCUCGAUCUUAUCCAAGGAAUUCACAAGAAGUACAUAACAAUGAUGCUUCGAAGUCCCCUAAAAAGUUGCAUUUAGAGGAUGGAAGACAAAACUCAUUAGCUUCAUCAAGUGUGUCUCUGUCAGCAAGGCCUCAAGCAGCCCUGGGGAAAACAGCAUCAUUCUGCAAUUCGCUGGAAGGUGAUGUCAUACAUGCCAAAGAAUCGACUUUGAAUUGCAGACCUGUUAAGAGUUCUGCCAAUCCUUCUGGCAAGAGAACUCUGAAAGUUAGAAUCAAAGUUGGCUCUGAAAACUUGUCCACACAAAAGAAUGCUGAAAUCUACAGCGGACUUGGUCUUGAUAUCUCCCCAUCGUCUUCUUUGGAUGACAGUCCCACAAGUAGUGACGGGUUAUGCGGAAACACUCAGGAUGUACCAGAUAAAUAUCCUACUAGUAUUCUUCAGAUGAUGACAUCAUUACCCGUGGACCUACUUUUAUCCCCUCUAUCUGAGGAUCUGAUUCACCUCUCUAGGAAAGGAAAGUUUAGGGGAAAGAGUGAGCAUAUACCUGUGGACAAGGCAAGCUUAAAUAGUUCUGGGAUGUCAGUUGAUAGAUCUCAUUUCAGUAGGAGUAAUCAGAAAGUUUUAGAGCGCAAGAAAUGGAACUCAGCUGAAAAGGAUGAUGCUUUUUUGAUGGAAUUAACGAGUAAGAAGAACAAUGGUGGUCUGGACAAUAUCCGCUUUCUGUUGAAGAAGGAAACUGAUAUUGACAUGUUCAGCUGUGAGAAACUUGUUGCCGAUGCUUUGAAGCUCCCAUUGCUGUCAAAUUUAGAACAUAGCAUAGCGGAUCCUACAAAAUGUACUUCUAGCGAAGCAGUUGAUAUUCCUGUGACUUCUAUUCAUGAUAAGGUGAAAGAAGAAACCUUUUCUGAAGUUACAGUGAAGGGACUUCUUGAGAGUUCGUCUGCCCAAGAUAUAGGCAGGGUCGAGAAGUUGGAUGGGAGGCUGGGUUCAUCUGGCAAGGUUUUGCAAAAUAAAAAAAAUGUACCUGAAACAGAAAAGGCUUAUUUUUCAGCCCGUUCUGAGUCAAAUGACUGUGAGGGGAGAAACUCUUUUACUGGUGAAGCUGCUGGCCCUACAGAACAUUUAGUAGUUGAGAAAGGAAAAUCCGGCUGUGAGGAAGGCAUAAAACAAUCUCUUAAGAAGAUGUCUUCAGGGAGCAAAAAGAAAUCUAAAGGAAUUCACAGUCAGGGUGCUAAAGGAUCUGAAGUAUCAAAAGAUCAGUCUAUGAUUGUUUCUUCUAUACUGCUUAAAAGUGGGCAGAGCUCUCAUGCUAAUAGUCUGAUUUAUAAAAAUGGUCAACUCAAUCUUCAAAAGGACCAGGGAAAGCCUGGAGACAGAUAUAUAAAUUUCUUUGGAGACUUGGAAUUUGAAGAAGAAGAUAAAGACUCAGUUUCAGGGGAAAUGACUUUGGCAAGAAAGAUGAAAGAUUCUCAGCUAAUUGAAAAAGGUAUUGUUGAACGUAGCAUGACAAAAGAGAAACGCGACGAUAAAAAAGCCAACAAGCCAUCUUCUGGAGAGGAAUAUCCUAGGGGAGCUUCUAGUGUGGCACCUCCAUCUGGAAAUGGACCCAUUUCAGAUGCUUCGGCAACAACAGUGGUUCCUCUAGUCAAUGAAGAUUGGGUCUCUUGUGAUAAAUGUCAAAAAUGGAGACUUCUUCCACUUGGUAUAAAUCCUAAGAGCCUUCCUGAUAAAUGGCUCUGUAGGAUGUUGACCUGGCUGCCUGGAAUGAACAGCUGUAGUAUCCCAGAGGAUGUGACAACUAGUGCUUUAAGUGCCCUCUACCAUCCAGUUCCUGCUUCAGCUCCUCUCUCUGCCCCAGAGAGUCAACCCAAUCAGCUUAAUUAUCCUCCUGGGAUUUCGUCAGGACAGUCCUCAAUUUAUGCUAGUUCUCCUGGUCAAAAUAUCCAGAAUAUAGUUUCUCAAGCUACAAUUAUCAGCCGGAAGAAAAACCGUGGGUUAGCAGAUGCCACAUGUUCAAAUGAUCUGGACGCUCACAAUUCACAAUCCCAGAAGAAGAACCUUCAAACUUCAGGCAAUAGCAGCAUUUUGGAUGGAGCUGCCGACUUUCCUGUUGAUUCACAUGGACAGCAGUAUUUGCGCCAAUCUAGAAGUGCUGUUGAGAAGAAUGAACAUCGUAAAAAGGAGGACAGAGCAUUCCUUGACAAUUGUUAUGAUAGAGGUACAAAUUCAAAGAUAAGGAACAAGAGAGAGUCUGGGUUAGAUUGUUCUAGAACUUCUAAAAGAACUAAAUGUGAGGAUGUAGAUGAUGCGGCUUUCUUAAAAGCUGGUCAUAGCUCAAGCAGUUGUUUGUCAAACAAUGCAUCAGGGAUUGAUCGACACUGUAAGGAUGCCAGAAUUGACACGAAAAAGAAUGUAGCUUUCUGUAAGAAUUCAGAAUUCAAUGUUCCAGGUACUUCAGAUGAUGGUUUCUUGCGUACAAGCAAACAUGAUAAUAAGGAUACUGUUAAGAAGAGGAAAGGGAAGGAACAUCAUGGUUCUUGGGUUCUUUCAAGUGCAAGACCCCACACACUAGCUGCUGGGGAUUUCUUGGAAGAAACCUGUGAAAGUGACUAUUGGAAAGAAAAGAAAGCAAGAAUUUCAAUAUCUGGGGAAAAGGACACUGGCCGAAGCAAAGCCAAUGUAGGAAAAGAGAGAAAGGACAAAGGUACAACAGACCAGUAUAUUGGGCAAAAUCUAGGUAACAGUGUACCUAAAUGUAGUGUAGAGGCUACAGAUUAUUUGAGUAGUGAUAUGGGUUCUUUACAUCCUUUUGCUGCAAAUUCAAGCUCUUCCAAGGUAUCGGGGUCCUGUAAAAGCAAUCUUGGUGGACAGGAAGUGAAAGGCUCGCCAAUUGAAUCAGUGUCUUCAUCUCCUUUGAGAUUUCCUAACACCAAUAAGUUCACAUCAACAGGAAUGAUCCUAGUUGACAAAGUUGAUUUUCAAGAUCCUAGCUCACUGACUUCUACUAGUCCUGGAAGAUUUUUGCAUGGUGAAGAUGGUAGGAAUGAUCAAUCAGGGAUGGUGAAAAAAAGUGCAACUUUUACCAUCAUUAAUCAUAUUACUGAUGUCGAUGAUGGUCGCCUAGGUCAAGGUAAUCAAAAUGCUUGUGAAACACGUACUUCAGAGAAAUACCAAGAUGAAGAAAGAAGAACUGCCAAUCAUUCUCAAGUUAAUGGGUCUAAUUCAAAGAAGUCAUGCAAAGGGUCCUCAUCAUGUUCUAAAGACAAGAGUCGCAGUUCUAGAUCUGACAGAGAUAAAAAUAUGAACCAGGUUUCUGAUUCUUCCCGUGAAUUAGAUCACAUGAAAUUGUAUGAGGAAAAAACUAAGAGCGGAAGGAACAAAUUUGAUGGGAAAUGUACCACUCCUGACGAGGCUAAGAAAUCUUUCUUUCUCAAGAAAGAUGCUUCUGGAGGAAUGUUGAGAGAGAGUAAUAAAGGAAAAAGUCAACUAAAAGUUGGAAGUCUUGACGGUUCAGAUAGUAGACUAGAUGUUAUGAAAAGCCUGGAUAAAAAGAACCAUCGUCUUCAACCUGAGCAUGAUGACAAAAGAUUGUCCAAAAAGCUUCACUCUGGCAAAGGCGACCGAGCUGAAGUCAAUGGGAGUGGGAGGUCACACUCAGUAGCAAAGGUUCAGAUCGAACCUGUUGUGGAUCUCCAUCAUGUUUCUCAGACGGAAAGUGAAGUUAAAGUUUUGACUGCUGACUUGUUUGAAAAUGGCAAUUCCUUGAAGACACCGAAGCAGAAUAAGAAAGCUAAGAACCAGAAUGGUCAGUCCGUACAUUCAAGGCAUCCUACUCCCAAUAAGCUCAAUGUUCAGGAUAUUGAAGCCCCUAGUCCUUUUCGAAGAGAUUCCUUCAUUCACACUGCUAACAGUGCCAUAAAAGAGGCAAAGGACCUAAAGCACCUGGCCGAUCGUGUUAAGAAUUCUCGAUCAACUGAAAGUACAGGGCUUUAUUUCCAAGCCGCCCUCAAAUUUCUCCAUGGAGCCUCUCUGUUAGAAUCUGGAAACAGUGAGGGCACCAAGCACAAUGAAAUGCUACAGUCAAUGGAUAUAUAUAGUAGCACAGCAAAACUCUGCGAGUUUUGUGCCCAUGAAUUUGAAAAGUCAAAAGACAUGGCUACUGCUGCUUUGGCCUAUAAAUGUGUGGAGGUUGCAUACAUGCGGGUAGUUUAUUGUUCACAUACCGGUGCAAGCAGGGACCGAAAUGUGUUGCAAAGUGCUCUACAAAUCGUUUUCCCAGGUGAAUCUCCUUCGUCUUCAACUUCUGACGUUGAUAACUUCAACGGUCAAGCAACUGUGGACAAGUCUGCCGUAGCCAAAGUUGUUGGUUCUCCUCAAGUUUCAGGAAGCCAUGUUAUCACCACACGGAAUCGUUCUAGUUUCAUGCGGCUUCUCAACUUUGCACAGGAUACGAAUUUUGCAAUAGAAGCCUCUAGGAAAUCAAGAAUUGCUUUUGCAGCUGUUAGUCAAAGACCUGGAGAGGCCGAGGAUAGAAAGGGGUUUCUUCUUUUCCUCUACUUUCUAUUCGUUGUCAAAGGAGGAAACUUGGCGAAAUGA